UGGAAAAGUUUAACCUUGUGAAAUCGACCUUAGCACGACUCUUUGAAGAGUACCGGUGCAUGGAGAUAACUGAGGAAGAGAGGGGAUUUCAAUCACAUGCUAUUGAGGACAAUACAGUUGGAGAUGUUUUAGAUUGGGAGGAGCUAUCUAUGUAUGAGAGUUCUACUACUACUGUAAUACAAGAUAAAUCCGAAUUAGAUUUAUAUCUAGAAGAGCCAAGGAUUAAAGAUCCGAUCAAGCAUUAUGAUGUAUUGGCCUUUUGGAAGUCACAAGGAUCAAAGUAUCGUGAUCUUUCUCGGAUGGCACGGGAUGUGUUGGCUAUUCCGGUAUUAACUGUUGCUUCUGAAUCAGCUUUUAGUGCUGGAGGUAGAGUUAUUGACAAAUACAGAAGUAAGCUAUUGCCUACAAAUGCUGAAGCGUUGAUUUGCCUUCAAGAUUGGAUGUUCGGAGUAGACUUUAGAGCUGAACCGGUUGAUGAUGCCAAUGAUUUGGCUAAUGCUUUGGGGAAUGUGUUGUCUUUGGAUGUGAGUGGUGAUACUAAUAUUACAGUAGAACCUACACAAAGAUCUUCUAAUGCCUCUACUGCAGCUCAUGUUUAGUCUGUUAGGUGAAAU